ACAUCAACAAUGGACCCAAGCCUGGGGGACUUGUCUCUGAGCCAAGAGUUCCUGAAUAGUCAGGAAUCAUUCAGUGAUAUCUGGCAAACCUUAAAUGUACACAAUUUGCUUUCUUCACCAAGCAUGACAGGUCCUGUUGAUGAUAAUGACUCUUCCGGCAACAACCAGCUCAACGAGUUACAAGAACAAUUUAAUGAAGAUAUCUUUAACAUGACACCGGAGCCGCUCACCAAUGAAGGCGUCCCGCCACCGGCCCCCACUGUGCCGGUCACCACAGACCAUCCCGGGGAGUACGACUUCCUGCUCCGUUUCCAGAAGUCUGGAACUGCCAAGUCAGUUACAUCCACUUUUUCUGGGAUGCUCAACAAGCUGUACUGCCAACUGGCUAAGACCACUCCGGUGGAAAUUCUGGUGGGCAAAGAGCCGCCGGCGGGCGCCAUCCUCAAAGCCAUGGCGGUCUACAAGAAAACAGAGCACGUGGCCGACGUGGUUCGCCGGUGCCCCCACCACCAGAACCAGGAUGCCGCAGAGCACCGCAGCCAUCUGAUCCGAAUGGAGGGCAGCCAGAGGGUGCAGUAUUUUGAGGACGUCUACACCAAGAGGCAGAGUGUGACCGUUCCCUACGAGCCCCCCCAGUUGGGCUCUGAGAUGACAACCAUCCUACUCUCCUUCAUGUGCAACAGCUCCUGCAUGGGAGGGAUGAAUCGCAGGCCCAUCCUCGCAAUUUUGACUCUGGAGACCCCCGAGGGUGUGAUUUUGGGUCGAAGGUGUUUUGAGGUGCGCAUUUGCGCCUGUCCCGGCCGGGAUCGCAAAACCGAAGAGGAGAACCACACCCAGAUCAUAAAUGGCACCAAGCAAACUAAGAAACGAAAGAGCACCCCGGCCACGACCAGCGCCCCCGUUAAGAGGCCCGUUCCCACCUCCAGCAUGGCGGGAGAUGACGAAGAGAUUUUUUAUUUGCCCAUUCGAGGGCGUGGCCGUUAUGAGCUCUUUAAACAGUUCUACGAAGGCCUGGAACAACAGGACAAGAAAGGAAAAAAGUCAAACGCGGCGCUGGACCAGGACGUGCCGAUGCCAGUCAGUGGGAAGCGACUUAUGCUGAAGGGAGAACGCAGUGACACUGAAUGAAAAGUCCACCAGCCCGACUCCCUUAAAAAAAAAUUAUGCAAACAAUGUGGUAAAAAGCGAGUCUGAUUUUGUACUGUUUUUUUUUGUAUCAUUAAUGAUUACCUUUUUUUUGGUGUCAUCAAAUAUUUUAUACUGUAGUCUGACACGGGUUAGGUGCCCAGUCCUCCAUUUGGAGCAACUGUUUGCCUUUGUUACACAUUUUCCCAUGAAUAAACAUUAUCAUAUA